UAUAACCAGGAGCUGCGGGCGCCCUGUAAGGCUGGGCCAGCUGGGCAAGCAGGCCCCUCCAGGUGUGGCCUCCAGGGCUAAAGAUGCCGAGCCUUCCCACCACCCAGCCCCAGCCCCAGCCCCACAGCUCCUCUCAGCCUCAGAGUCACACCUGCAACCACUGCAACUGCAGCCACCAAUGCCAAGACCGCAGCCAGAGUCCACCCAGCCACCAGAGCCCACCUGGCCCCCAGAGCCGGAGCCCCAGUUCCAGCCCCAGUCCACCCCCGCGGCACAGACUGCCUGGGCACUCCCGCCAUGGUCCCAUCAGGCCCAGGCUCCACCACAAGGCCUCCAUCAAGAGAAAGAAGACCUUGGCAGGGAAGGUAAACAAGGAAAAGGUGACCAAGAGGAGCAAGCGGGGACACAGAUCAAAGAGGCGGCGCUCAGACCGAAAAUACAACUGAUGAGACAGCACUUUCUGGCUUGUUCCUGUAUCAUUUUCACCCAAAGGACAAAUGCUAUCCCGUGUGGGAUGCCUCGAUAAAGACCAUCUUUCUGCAGGGACACAUUGCCAUGGUGAUUUCUAAGCAACAAUGAUUAAUAAACUUGUACCCAGGAAAGCUA